AUGGUUAAUAUACGCGGAAGAUCGGUGGUGAGUGAGGCAAAUGGCAGCAUCGUCACCAUCGCCGCCGCUGAAGGCGGUGCAGGACCGCGUCCAAGCAGCCGCCGAACGCUCUGGCCGUAAUGUGCAAGAGAUUCGUGUAGUGGCUGCGAGCAAGACGAAGUCAGUUUCUGCUCUCCGUGAGGUAUACGACGCCGGCCUUAGAUGCUUCGGCGAGAACUACGUUCAAGAACUCCUUCAAAAGGCACCACAGCUUCCCGACGAUAUCCAGUGGCAUCUCAUCGGAAAUUUGCAGAGCAACAAAGUCAAGCCUCUUAUCGCUGCUGUGCCCAACCUUGCUUGUGUGGAAACUGUGGAUGAUAAGAAGAUAGCGAAUUUUCUUGAUCGUGCUGUAGCAAAUGUUGGCAGGAAACCGUUAAAGGUUUUUGUUCAAGUGAAUACAAGCGGAGAAACAUCCAAAUUUGGUGUUGAACCAGCUCUGUGUGUGGAUCUUGUAAAACAUAUUACAAACUGCCCAAACCUUGAGUUCUCUGGCCUAAUGACAAUUGGCAUGCUUGAUUAUUCAUCCACCCCAGAAAAUUUUGAGACACUAUCCAAUUGCAGAAGUGAAGUUUGUAAAGCUCUUGGAAUAUCAGAAACGCAGUGUGAGCUGUCCAUGGGCAUGACUGGAGACUUUGAACAAGCUAUUGAGAUGGGAAGUACAAAUGUUAGGAUUGGAACUGCCAUAUUUGGAGCCAGAGAAUAUCCACCGAAAGAAGAGUAGCUAUCCUCAUUUUGCAGUCUUGUUUGCGUCGGUAUAUUGGUGCUUGGAUUCACAUAUCAAAGUCAGAGCAGCACGAUCAAAUUAUUUAAGCUGGAAAUAAGUAUAUUCAUGAGCAUGAAUGAUGGCAGUAGUCAAUAAGCUCUGGGAAAGCUGUGUAUUUGGAAUAAUCUGAGACUCAGUGUUGUAGACAUUUUCUGUCAAACAUAAAAACCAACCUAUUUUACUGAAGCUGAACCAAGAUAUUUUGAAAGAGUGAUAUACAGCACAAAAAACAAAAAAUUCUAUGAAAGAUAAUGAAUCUGACUCACAUGUUUUCUAUUGUUGAA